UAAAGGGGGAAAUGUGGAGGGUUCUGAGUACGCAUGCGUCAGGGGGGACGCAGCCCAGAAUCUUAUCUUUGACCAAGUCCGGUUUGAACCUCUUGGAAGGGGAAGGGCGACGUUCUCUGGAUUUUGAUUCAUUAUGGAUGAUCUGUCAGCAGAAGAAAUUCAGCUAAGGGCUCAGCAGGUGACUGAUGAGUCCCUGGAAAGCACAAGGAGAAUCUUGGGUUUAGCCAUUGAGUCUCAAGAUGCAGGAAUUAAAACCAUCACUAUGCUGGAUGAACAAGGAGAAAAACUGAAUCGCAUAGAAGAAGGCAUGGACCAAAUAAACAAAGACAUGAGAGAGACAGAGAAAACCCUAACAGAACUCAACAAGUGUUGUGGCCUUUGUGUUUGCCCUUGGAAUAGGUCAGCAAAUUUUGAGUCUGGCAAAGCUUAUAAGGCAACAUGGUCUGAAGGUGGAGACAAUUCACCUGGUAAUGUGGUUUCUAAACAGCCAGGACGUAUGACAAAUGGUCAACCUCAGCAAACAGCUGCAGGAGCAGCCAGUGGUGGAUACAUUAAACGGAUAACUAAUGAUGCCAGAGAAGAUGAAAUGGAAGAAAAUUUGUCUCAGGUGGGCAAUAUCCUGGGAAAUUUGAAAACCAUGGCUAUAGACAUGGGCAAUGAGAUUGACUUUCAGAACAAGCAAAUAGAAAGAAUCACUGAGAAGGCUGAUACUAACAAAGAUCGUAUUGAUAAUGCCAAUGCCAGAGCAAAGAAACUCAUUGACAGUUAAAGAUGUUGCUGCCUUUAUCUGGAAAUUCUUUCAUCUGCUACAUCCUCCAGUUCUUCCUGAAUCACUCAUACUACCUUUCAGUGUUUGAAAUUUCUUUGCCCCAACAACCCACUCUAAACAAAGAGAGGGCAAGGGACAGAGAAGUGAAACAGAUUCCUGUCAUUUGGUUUCAAAUUCUUGCUCUUUUCCCUUGUGAAGCAGAUUGAUAUAAACAAUUAAGUCUUCCCUUUGGGGUUCUCCUUGGUACACAGGGUGAGGGGUUAUGUUGUAAAACCCUUAAAAUUGUUAUACAUUCUUCUUGUUCCACUCAAGCAGACUUCUGCUUUCAGGAUUUUUAAGCAUUGCCAAAGACAGCAAUGGAGGAGAGUAUAUACUCUGGGGUGGGAUAGGGAGGGUUAGAGGUUUGGGAGGAUUAUUUGUUUUUCCAGUAAAAGUUAUAUCGAAAAAGUUACAUAGAGAUAAUGUCUAGUCAUAACCCAUCCCCGUGGGCAGGUGGCCCAACCUCUCAAAGCUCUCAGGGCAACUGCCUGACACUCUAGAAGUUGCAGAGCAUGUGCCUAUCUGCAUCAGAUGAAGUCACAGGCCAGGAUCAAAAACAAAAUCCUUAAGGUAAGGAUAGUGAUAAAUAACUUUUUGGCUCCUUUUUGCUUUUAGAGAUAUGAUUCUUAAAAUCAUAAAAUCUAAAUGCAGAAGAGUUAACUUUUUUUUUUUUUUUUUUUUUUUUUUUAAGAUAAAAGAACUUAAUUUUUGUCCAAAUGAUUGCUAAACAGAGAUAUGUUUUGUAGUCCCAGUUCAUGCUGCAUUUUCCAGGAACACUAUAUAAGUUCAUGGUUUAAAAUUUAAAAAAAAAAAAAAAUUGUAGCAUCACAUUCCCAUUACAAGGCUGCAUCUUCAUUUAUCACGUCAGUGUUUGUUCCAUUUAUUUGGGAGAAAUUAUAUAUAAUUUACGAGUUAAACAUUGACAUUUCUUUAAAACAAGAAUGACAAAUUGGUUAAUAAACUGAAUAAAGUGAAUUCAGUUUACCUCAAAACCACGAAUUAUAGUGGUUUUUUUUUUGUUAUUAAUUUUGUUUUAUUUUUGAAGGAAUGGUUUGGGGAGUUGUAACUCAAAAAAAGUAGUUGGGUUGCUUUGGUAUCCUUAUAGCUCCCAAAUUUCUCCACUAUAGUAGUCUACCCAUUCUAGACUGUUUGUUUCUCUUUAGCUAGAAAUGCUCUGGAAAAUCAUAAGUUGGGCUCAGUUAUUAUGAAGAAAAAUGUGAUUGCACUAUCAUUUUUUUUUUUAACAUAUUUAACUUUAUCCAGCAGCAUAUUCAGCAUUACCUGAAAACUUACACGAACUGAUCAUAAUAAAGUUGUGCCUUUUUCAUUAAUAUGCCAACAGAUCAGCUAUUUUUCCAUAAACCACAGAUUGAUACUUGUAAUUAAAUUUUGUACCUGACCCGUGGAACUGUGUUCUCUCAAGGUAGUGGGAAAUGUUUUUGAUCCCCGUUUUCAGAGAAGUCGAUUCAACUUGUAAAGUGAAGGAAAAGAGGUUUGUAAGUAAAGAGCCAAGGUGAAACUGCCAUUAGAAUGAUCAGGUUUUCCUCAAUAAAAAACUUUUUUUUGUUGCUUU